GCGCUGCUGCGAUUUGCUUGCUUUGGCAAUUUGUUGUUAUUCUGUGGGAUUUUAUCUGAACCUUGCUUGAUUGUUUUUGUUCACGAUUCACGAAUUUGUGAUGUCUGUUUGUUGGUAACUUCUUGGUCUAUUUAUGUGAAGGAUUUUUUGUUGAAAUUAAUAAACGAAAGCGACGAUUUAUAAGUCUUUGAAAAAAUCGCAAGCUAUAUCCAACCAUUUCUUUUCGUACCAGAUCCAGUAGGAGCAUUUGAUGUCUGUAGAAGAUGAGCAGCCAGCACCAGUACAUGACUGUGAACAACACACCGAGCACUCGUGUUGGAGAUAUUGAGCAUAUUAAUCACUUAUCAGAAAAAAUAGGGUCCCUGUGCCUUUCGUCGGAGUACUCAGAUGUGACCCUGAUAGUGGAGGGGCAGCGGAUCCCCGCCCACAAAGUGAUCCUGGCGGCCAGUAGCGACUAUUUCAGAGCCUUGCUGUAUGGGGGCAUGAGGGAGGCCAAUCAGGCUGAAGUGGAACUUCAAGCUCCUCUGCAAGCUUUCAAAGCUCUCUUGCGUUAUGUUUACUCAGGUCACAUGGGCCUAUCGCUGCUCCGCGAGGAGUGCGUCCUGGACAUGCUGGGCCUGGCGCACCAGUUCAACUUCCAGCAGCUGGAGGCCGCCAUCUCCGACUACCUGCGGCAGGUGCUGGCGCUGAGGAACGUGUGCGCUGUGCUGGACGCUGCCAGACUGUACGGGCUUGACGCGUUGAUGGAUUACUGCUACAAUUUCUUGGAUAGAAAUGCGACUGAAGUUCUCAAGCAUGACACACUCUUGCAAUUGUCUGUGGAAGCCCUGCAAGGCCUCCUGGAGAGAGACUCGUUCUUCGCCCCGGAAGUGGACAUCUUCAAGGCGGUGUGCAACUGGUUCACCGCCAACCAGAUGUGGGUCAAAUCCGAGGGCGGACAGGCUCAAGUGGAGAAAAUCCUCAAGUGCGUGCGUCUAACGCUGAUGAGCCUCGAGGAACUGCUGACGGUGGUGCGGCCGUUCUCCCUGGUGACUCCCGACAUGCUGCUCGACGCCAUACAGGAGAAGACCAGGACUAAGAGCACAGAGCUGAGGCACAGGGGGCUGCUGUUGCCCGAGGAGAACGUGGCGAGCGCGAAGCGCGGCGCGCGCGUGCUGAGCGGCGACAUGCGCGCGGCGCUGCUGGACGGCGACACGGACGGCUACGACAUGGAGCGCGGCUACACGCGCCACACCAUCGGCGACGACGGCGCCGGCAUCCUGGUGCGGCUGGACGCGCGAACCAUCAUCAAUCAUAUACGGCUGCUGCUUUGGGAUAGGGACAACAGAUCGUACGCGUAUUACAUAGAAGUAUCUGUGGACCAGAAGGACUGGGUGCGCGUGAUCGACCACAGCGAGUACUUCUGCCGCAGCUGGCAGAACCUGUACUUCGAGCCCCGAGUGGUGCAGUACAUCAAGCUGGUCGGCACCAGCAACACCGUCAACAAGGUGUUCCACGCCGUGGCGCUGGAGGCGAUGCAUACGGCCCGCGUGCCGCCGCUGCAGGACGGCCUGAUCAAGCCCAUACAUAACGUUGCCACCUUGGAUUUGUCAGCCGUUGUCAUUGAAGGCAUCAGCCGCACCCGCAACGCGCUGCUGAACGGCGACACGGAGCACUACGACUGGGAGCACGGCUACACGUGCCACCAGCUGGGCUCCGGCGCGAUUGUGGUGCAGCUGGCGCAGCCCUACCUGCUGUCGUCCGUGCGCAUGCUGCUGUGGGACUGCGACUACAGGCACUACUCGUACUACGUGGAGACGUCGCUCAACUACUGGGACUGGGAGACGGUGUGCGACAGGACGAGGGACGCUUGCAGGUCGUGGCAAGUGAUAUACUUCUCUCCGCGGCCGGUGUCCAUCAUUCGCAUCGUCGGGACAAACAACUCUGUUAACGAGGUGUUCCACCUGGUCCACCUGGAGUGUCCCGCUCAAGUGCCGGAAGACCAGAAGGAUGACAACUCAACCAAGAAACCGAGACCUAUAGACAAGCAGCCGUCUAUUGCCGGUUCAGUGGGCAAUAGCAGCACGGAAGGUCAAGCGCAACAGCGCUCUCUGUCGCCAAACUCAGACGCUUCAAGCGCUUCAGGCAUCUCAGAAGGCGCAUCGAAUCGAGCGCUGCCGCCCGCUGAAACUGCUACAGAGGCAGAGGAACGAUACGAGGAGUGAGCUGUUUAGUGCACGCGUACUAAGAAAUUAAGAGCGCGUUAUACUCAUACUUCUUAAAAAAGUUCCUUUAAAAGGACAGGCUUAAAUUGAAAUAUCUGAUUGCCAAUUCGAGCGUAUGUUAAAAUUUCACUUUGAUCGAACGAUAGAAAAUAGUUUCUAUUGACACCAUCAAUUAUUCAAUCGAUAUAUACUCUAUGGGCACAUAGACUAGUUGCGAUUAUUUGAUUUGUGAUUUACCUAUGAAUUUGCACGAAAAAUUGUUAACUAGUAAAAUGGACCUAAUAUUAGUUUAAGCCUGCUUAGUAAAGUGACCACUGUCUUGUAAUAGAAUGCACAUAUUUCCAAUUAACGACGUAAUUCACUUUAAAAAAAAUACGUAACUGAGUCUUUAUUUCUUUUUCUGUUUGGCAAAAAUAUAUUAUUAUGUAUUGAGUUCGAAGAUUGCUUGCUCUUAAACUAAAAUGAGCUUGAAACCUAUAGCUAUUAGUUAAAAUUAAUAGUGAUGUGCCUAAUGCAUGUAAAACAGCCUUCAACUCUGAGCAUAUCCAUAUACUUGUGUAGUUUUUACUUAUGUGUUAUGCAGCUCAUUGCGCUAACAUGAUAUUAGCAAUCUCGCUCUGUCGAGAAAAAAUCUAGUUAUUUAGUCUGUAAGCUGUACUCUAGUCUCUUUGGAAGUGUCCAUCUCCUUGUUAAAGUUUGCUAGCGAACGAUGCUUUUUAAAUUCAUUAAUAAUCCUCAAAGAUCAAUUUCAGAAUCAUAUUAACUUGAAAAAAAAACAAACAAACUGCGGGUUCUAUUUUCAAACUUACCGCGCAUGUCUUAUCUUUCUGUUUCUAAAUUUUUGCU